UCCGGAAAUUAACAAUCCCGUGAUGUCAGGGGAGUGUUAGCAUAGCAUCGGAAUGCGUACAGUGCCUCUUUCGUUUCUGCUUUUAAACUUUUGCUGCGCUUAUUUCUGUCUGGUAACAGUUUAGCUCCGACAUGAGGAUGCCGUGUCGAAGGAAGUAUCCUUCCGCAGGGACGGGGUGAAGCCUCUCGCCGGACCUAACGGGAUCCCACUCAGUUAGUCUCUCCGGAGCCCCAGGUCAGAUUUAUGUGCCACACUAGCUAGCAGGCUAGUUCAUACUUUGUGGAGAGUUUAUUAAAUUCCUACGCUCAGGCUGGAAACGGAAAGUUAUGGCGCACCUGGUGUUGGAGCAGCUGUCGGAUUUCGGGGACUAUACAGGCGGUAAGGAUCUGAUUGAGAUCUUUAAACUAACUAACAACAACGAUGUCAAGAACAGCCUGUCAAAUGUUCGCCUGAGCCCAGAUGGACGUCAUGUUCAUGUCAUCCUCCGCAAACCUGAAGUUGUUCUUGUGACUUUUGACAAGUAUGAAAGACCCCAUCUUGCCCAGAACCAGAAGACGCUGGAUUUGCGGCUGACCGUGCCUAUUGUGGAUAUCUUAUAUUUGGACCAUAAUAAUAACAACAGCAGCAGCAGCAGAGGCACAGCAGCUGUGGCAGUGGUGUAUGAGAAUGGAAAAGUUGAGUUUUGGAAAUUCCAGGAGUGCAAAGCUGGCUGGCAUCUCCUGCAAACUUCAGAUUUGUGCAACAGCCCCCGAGCAAGAGUGGUGUCUGUCUGUGCCUGUUCAAAUCUUAUCAUCUGGUGUGAGGAGAGGCCGCCUUCAGAGAGCACCCCUGCCCUCAGCUCCACAAGGAAUAAGCUGAGAUACUGUGUGUGCAGACGAGACUUUGAGGUGGAGGAGGGGGCUGUCGGCUUGGGGGGAGUGAAAAUCACCCUCCACAAUAAUCCUAAAUUUAGUGUGGUCAGCUCGGGUGAAUAUGUGCAUCUUCUUCCUGACGUCAGAGUGAAGCCGCUGUUGAGUAUCUCCAAAUUGUUUCUCUCCUGGUCCCCUCGCCAUGACACCUUCACAGUCAGCACCACCUGUAAAAACACUCCCCUGAAAAAGCUUUCAGCUAAAGAGUCUGACUUGAAGAGGUUGGUGACGGACUGUUUGGGAUAUUUAUCGACUCUCCAACCACCUGAGAUCUACGACUUCUCCCCUACAGGAUGUGGAGGCCUGCUGCUGCUGCUCAGCACAGGGUGGGUAUGUCUUCUGCAGAAAGAUGGGACACUAAGACAGGUGUACAAACUGGCAGAAAACUGCAUGGUGAAAUGUGGCACUCCCCAAAUAAGCCUAUGCAUGUACCAGGACACCGUGGCUCUGCUGAUGGGACAAAACCUGCAUCUGAUAGACGUGAACUGUGGCAGGGAGCUGGAAAAGAUCAUGCUGAACAAAGAGGGGUUAUUGUAUGUAAACAGGACUGAAAGAUGCACCCCACACCUGCUCUCAGAAACUGGACUUUUUGUGGUUGUGAACAGGGAGAGGAAUUCCAGAGAUGUCAACAACCUGAAGCCUUAUGGUCUCGACACAGUGGAGAGGAUUCAUCCUGGAGCGCUCCUGGUAGAGGCUGUGUUUGAGGAGGCCUGUAAAUACUACCAGCAGAGGAGCCUGAGCAGCACCCAGCUCACUGUGGACACACUGAAGAAAGGAGGCAGGUUCCAGGCCCCCAUCUCUUUAUCCACCAUCCUCAGGAGCUACCUCAGCACAGGGUGGAGGCAGAAAGGAGCUGAGCCCCCGCAGAACGGAGAUGGUAACACAGCGGGGCAAGAUAAACUAAUGGGAUCUCUAGAGGCUGAGCUCAAGGCUCUGGUCUCUCUGGAGGAAAUAAAGGGGAGUUUAGUGAGGGGGACUGUUAAAGAGGUGGAGGCAGUGUGUGAAGGUCUAGUUGAGAAAGAAGUAGCCAGGCUGCUGUUGGCCCCAGAGAUGGAUAAAGAAGCUCUGCUUUACCUCAACUCCAUCUUCAUCCUGUUUCCCUCCCAGGCGUGGAGAGCAGCGCAGGCCGCCCUGCAGCUACACUACAACGGAGAGGGCUCUCUGUCCAGCAGGGCUUCCCCAGACGUGUGGAAAACUGUCCUCAGUCCCGCCAUGACGUCUAGCACCCCAUCCUCCCUCCCAUUCACAAACGGCGAGCCAAAACACAAUCAUAGCCUCAAAGGUGAUCCCGUUGCUAACUGUAAAGCCAAACUUUCAAUCUCCACUUCCACAGCUGCCAUGCCUGUGUUUGAGCUCCUCUGCCACUCAGUUUUUAAUUUCCAACCCAGCUGGCUGUCCCACUUCCUGGAGCUCGCCCAGCAGCAGCAGAGCUCAGCCGGCCUCGGAUUGAGCCUUGCCUCUUCCCCUUGGGGCUUCUCCGGUGGGAGAGGAGGGGAGGGCGGGGACAACAACAUGCCACUCUACAAACGAGCUCUUGGCGCCUUGUCCAGCCUGACCCCAGACAGAGACAAGCGGCAGGACCUGGAGGUGGAGCUGCUGCUGGUCAGUGGGCGGCCCAAUGCCAUCCUGCAGGGGCUGAGGAUCCUCAUAGCCAAGCAGCAUUGGGAGCAUGUCACCUGGGUGGCCCAAAAGUUCUGCAAACAGAGUCCGCUGCUCAACAAGGAGAUCUUCACUACUCUGCUGUGUGAGGUGGCUCAGCACAGAGACCUGGAUCCCUAUCUGGACAUGCUGUGGGCGCUGUGCCCUGAGGACCUCACGGUCACCUCCAUUCUCAACUUAGUGAUGAAGAACCUCCCCUCCCCUAAUGACCCGCAAUCCUCCUCCUCUUCCUCCUCAUUCUCCAUGUCCAGUACGACCUCCUCGUCCCAUUCUCCCUUCGCAGACUCCCACAGCGGCCAGCUGACCGUCGGGCUGUUGAAACCUCUGCUGAAAAAAGUGCUUCAGAGGGAGACCAAGCCUAGCCAGCGCUACGCAGACAUCCUACAGUCUCCUACAUUUCCCCCUCCUGCACCCCCACGUCACCCUGUAAGGCAGCCCAGGACUGUCUCCGAUCCUAACACAGACUCAUCUCUCACAAACGACGCCACACCGGAUUCUCAGACAUCCACACAGACGGCUGUCCCGAGAGCAAUGGUGGCACUUCCUGCUAACCCAGUCUGAAUCACAAAAACAUGAACAAACUAAAACACACAAUCUGACCAAACUGUGAAGCAGUGUGUGUCGACAAUCGGAUGAAAACAAUCAGUAUGUAAUAGAUAUAUCAUGAGUGUAAUGUAGUUAAUUGUGAUAUUUGAUGGUGUUUUUAAAAGAACAAACUAUUGUAUGACUACUCGAAAAUAUGAAAUGACUACUGAAGAUCUUACCAGUGAAAAUACUACAGGUAAUUUUAAGUCUUAAAAGUGUUUAUAUACUGUAUCCACAAUGUUAUUUAUCUCUCAAGCCUUAACUGCACGUGAAUGAGAAUGUUUAUGUGCGUCAAAAAAGCUUUGCCUUUAUCAGAAUGCCUUGGUAAUAUAUUGUGUUAACACAGUGUAGUGUGUGUAUCUGCUCAGUGAAACAAAGCCACUAACUCUCAUUAUUGGGGUUUAUCAAAUGUGUACAAUAUUCUUUGGCCUUUAUUCUGAGCUGAUCUCCUCUUAUUGUAGCCAAAUUUAGCUGCCUUUCAGCAGUUGAUGUCAAAGUGUGAUCAUGCAGUGGGUAAUCUACUGAGACAAGCUGGUCUUUGUGUUUGAAAUGUUUGUUUUAAGUGGUAUGCUUUAGAAGAGGUGGAGGGGUAAGGGGGUCCAAGGUUCCUUUACUGACUUCUGGUUUUGUGCUUAAACAUUAACCUGGUUUCGAUGGGGCUCAAAACAAAAAAUGUAAGUUAAACAAACCCAAUUCCUGUCAUCCAUUUGUCCUCAAGACUCCAUCUUGUCCCCUUUCUCCCCUACCAGCCCGACUCACAGGAAAUUCCAGGCGUAAUACCCAGUAAAAGUGACUCACAGUUUGACUUUAAAUUCAAUUUCGGAGGUAAUUCUGUUAGGAUUCCAGUGUGGGUUGGGCGCACUGUGACUACGCGCCCUGCUGCUUGCAUAAGUGCAUGUACUUCUUCCUUCUUGGCCCCGGUGAGGGUAUAAUGUUAUUAGAGAUGUUCGGUCCUCUCUUGGUCCUGUUAGUUUUCAUGCUAUGGAACCGAUUGCACUUUUGUAUCAACCCAGUCAGUAUUGUUUGUGCCAUGCUUCUGUUUAAGUGAAUGUUUUCUGAUCAAGUGCCGUCAACAAAAGUAUAUUUAAGUGCCUACAGAUGUUUGAGCAGUAUAUAAAGCUUGUUUUAGUCAAAGAUAGUCAUUUUUUUGUUUGUAAUUAGCUGAAACAAAAGGUUAUUUAUUUAGAAGACUGCUAAAAUAUCAACCCCUAGGCCCUGGGUGGGUAAAUUACUGACAAAGGAGCUCUAAAAGUGACAUUGAGUGACAUUCAGACUCCAAAAUGCUGCAGAACAAUCAGAGAGCUUUUCACAGCGCUGCUCCUCAUUUACAGAGCCGUGCCACAUUCCUGCUUUGUCUCCUCAGCUCCUCUCACUCUCUGGAGAAAGAAGUGAAGGCAAAUCGAAGCAAUAGGUUGUGGUUUUUUAAAUGACUUUUUAAUGAUUAAUUUCUAAUAUAUGCUGACUAAGAUCCAAUCGUGUCAUUCCAAGCUCUGUACACUUUAAACAAACAUUACAAGAUGUUUGCAUUUGAUUUCAGUUCAGUGCCUCGAGGUUAAAUGUGUACCAGACAAGUUUCAGACUCACUGGGAACCCCCCGACUUCCCCUGUGAGGACACAGUGACGAUAGGAAUUCCUUUUGGUUUUGCUAGACAUCUGUGCACAUCUACAUUUUUAGUUUGUCUACUUUUGGUGGUGCUCUCUAAGCAUUGUUAGAAAAGAUGUAUACAAGUAUUUAUGAACCAAUGUAUGCUAUUAAAAUGAAGAUAAAACUUC